AUGUUGCGUGCACAUCAAACGGUCGUGUCGUUGUUGUUUCUCGUAAUGCAGUGCGUGGUGUCAUGUACGAGCAGUGGGUACGGAAAAGGAAGGUCACUGAUCGCGGGAGAGAUGCAACCGGACAGCUCCUGCGAUCGGGAAGGAGAGCCUCGCGUUUGCAUUGCGGAAGGAUGUCUGAGUGGUACAUACAUGCCGGGAAUGGCCGGUGACCAGUUCGAAGCAUUUUUGGGCAUUCCCUUUGCUAAGCCACCUGUGGGAGAGUUAAGAUUUGCGGAUCCCAUCCCCAACGAACCGUGGCCCGACCAGCUGUACAAUGCUUCGUUCGAACGAUCGAUGUGCCUGCAGCGGAACGAUCUGCUACCGAAUCCACCCGUCACCGGCAGCGAAGAUUGUCUCUAUCUCAACGUUUACCGACCAAAGGAAUGUUCCGACCCCACGAGCACUGUUACCAAUUUGCCUGUGAUAGUGUACAUCCACGGAGGAGGAUUCUUUGCCGGCACGGCGAGCCCGUUGGUGGUUGGACCGGAGUACAUAAUGGAUACUAAGCGCGCCAUACUCGUGUCCAUCCAGUACCGACUCGGUGUGCUGGGUUUCCUCUCGACGGGAGAUUCAACCGCGCCCGGGAACUUUGGACUGAAGGAUCAAACCCUUGCACUGCAGUGGGUCAAGCGCAACAUUGCCAGCUUUGGUGGAAACGAUCAGCUGAUCACGAUCGUUGGUCAGAGUGCGGGUGCUACCUCCGUGCAUAUGCACAUGAUCAGUGCGCUGAGUCGUGGCCUUUUCCAUCGGGCGAUUAUGAUGAGCGGCAACUCGCUUGUACCAUGGAAUAUUCCCACCAAGGACCCGCUAGCAUUGGCCCGAUCCACUGCCGCCGCGGUGGAUAUAAUGGGAGCGGAGAGUCUGUCCAGCAAACAGUUGAUUGCGGCACUGCGCCAAACGGAAGGGGAACAUCUUGUCGGUAGUACAUACAAAUUGAAGCUUUGGUCCGUGGAUCCACUGACUCUCUUCCGGCCGGUAGUCGAAUCGAAGGACUCGCCAAAUGCGUUCCUCAUCGAGGAACCGAAAGACAGUUGGCUUCAUGGGAACUAUCAGCAGAUUCCCUACAUGGCCGGUUACGUCCCGAACGAGGGAGCCAUCCGGGCGUUGGCAAUCUUCAAAAAUGAAGAGUUGUUUAACGAGUUGAGGAACAACUUUAGCACGAUUCUACCGAUCCUACUAGAGCGACCACCAUCGAAGUCACUGAUUGAAGAGAUCCGAUCACGCUUCCUGAAUGACACUACCGAUGAGGAUCCGAUCCGGCCGGAUAACUUGCAAGCGUUCGUUAAUCUUUACAGUGAGGCUUCAUUCAUCUACCCCGUUCAGUUGGGUGUAAAAGAGUACAUCACCAUGGCCGACACCGACAUGGCACCGGCCAGUGUGUACAAACUGUCGUACAAAGGCAGAUACUCCUACUCCAUCGUCUACGCAGGCGGAGACCCUGGUGACUAUGGUGUGGUACACUGUGACGACUUGAACUACCUAUUCCGCCAACUGGCCAUCUUCCCCGACUACCCACCUGGAUCGCCCGAGCUCAAGAUGGUGGACACGUUCGUGAACUUCUUCAUCGACUUUGCCAUAACUGGCCGAGCAGCGCAACUGGCCCCCUAUCGGGAAUGCAAAAACGAGAACCAAGUGGACCAGUCGCUCGACUGUGAUGUGCAGGAGUUUGUCCGGGUCGGUGACGAGGUGCAGGUGAACGUAAUCAGCGCUCGGAAUGAGGAAAUGUUUGCCUUCUGGAAGAAUUUCUACUGA